CGCUGUUCAGUUAGAAAUUUCAUAUCACUUGUCUAUGUUUAAUAACAUUGUGUGGGUGUGUGUAAAACAUAUGCUUGGACAUAACUAUUUCAAGUUAUUUCAGAUUGUAAAAUCUUGUUUGUUGAAAGUGAAUUAACAAAAUGGCGACAUCUGGAAUUUCUAAAAAUUCUGAUGUGGUUAUGUAUUAUUGUUGUACAAUCUGCAAAACAGAGCGGUCUGUAGAAAUACAUGCAGAUUUUUACUGUGAAAAAUGUCUUAAAUACUUCUGCAGAACAUGUAUAAACUCCCACAGACAGCAUGGUAGGUGGUUCUAUAAAAAAUCUCCUUAUGGAAAGGAUAAAAUAAGGAAGUGGCCACUUUCUAAGAAGAUGGAGACUUCUCUUUUAAUAUGCAUCAUACACAAGCGUGAAAAGUUAACAAUGUUCUGCCCGGACCACAAUCAUCUGUGCUGCUCUAAAUGUGUUGAGCUUAAUCACAGACGAUGCUUACAAGUAACUCCAUUACCUCAGGCUGCCAGCGGGAAGUCAACCAACUUCAAGAACCUGUCUGUCAGCACGGAAAAUACUCUUUCAAAAAUGAAACAAUGUCAGACGUAUCAGGAGAACAUAAUGAUGUCUCUUAAGGUUUCAUACAAAGAACAUGAAAGGCUUAUUGUGGAUGGUUUGCGUGUGAAUAUAAUAUCGUAUUUACGCGAAUGUGAAACCAGCACAGUUAAUACAACACAUGAACAUAUGCAAUACCCUAUCAGUGAAAUGCGUGAGGGAAUCAAAAAUUUAUUAGCAGAUUUUGAGAAAAGCACUAUUAAGGAGAAGAAAGAAGAGCUAAACCUGAAACAAGCUCCUCUCAAGGUUGUGAGAAACAGCUGCAUUAGACUUCACUAUGAAUUGUUCCAUCUCCAUGUAGCCAUACCGAAAGUACUGGGUAAGCCUGAACUCUCUUUUAUUGCCAGUAAAAAAUGUCUGGAAAAUAUACAACAAUCUGAUAUAUUUUUAAAAGAGAACUUUCCAAACCAUGUUUUCACUGUGAAUGGGAAGUCUGUGCACAAUGUGAAAAUGCCAAGUGAUUCAUACAUAUGCUCGAUCACAGCAGUAUGUGCUCUCCCAAAUGGACAGGUCCUGGUUGCAGACAGAUUUAAUAAAAAAGUCAAGCUUCUGAGCCAGCAGUACCGUGUGGUGAGCCACUUGGAUGUGAGGGAUGAGCCACCGGACAUGUGUCUUAUCACACCCACUGAGGUUGCAGUGGCUGUGCAUGAUGAGGUCCAGUUUAUCACAGUAAGCCAGAGCCAGCUUGCCAAAAGCAGGAAGCUUAAGUUACAACAUGAAUGUACAAGUAUUGUACAAAAUCAGGGUAACCUAUAUAUCUGCUCUGGUACUGCUCUGUACAAGUUCACAUUGAGUGGCAAACUGGUCUCCUGGCUCUAUGGAGAUACAUCAGCUGAUUUAACAGUAUACAAGUGUGCUGUGAGUCCCACAGGAGACAGGCUGUACAUCACCAGCUGGGACCAGCACAAGCUUCUCACCCUGGCCAGGGAUGGCACACUCCUGGCUACAUACUCAGACCUAGCACUAGGGUGGCCAACUGGUCUACAUGUGACCCCUGCAGGCCAGGUGCUGGUCUGUGGAUACCUGUCCGACACUGUACUACAGGUGGGCUGGGAGGGAGAGAGUAAGCUGGCUACGCUGGCUACUCAGAAGGAUGGCAUGAGGUACCCAGUGUCAGUCUGCUUCAGCAGCUCCUCAUCAUCCAUCAUUGUGGGACUGAUGGGGAGUGACCACAUCCGGGUGUUCAGAGUGGAAUAGUGUGUACAUUGGCUGCUGAGUCAGGACAAGGUUGCUGAGGAUGUGGUGGACAAGGAUGACCGGAAUACACAGAAGGUGCUUGACCAAAUACAAGAGGCCGUCCCAUCAAUCAGUCGUUGAAGUCAGUUGAGAUGGACCAGAACAAGGCAGAAACUCAGCAACAUUUUACGCGCUGUGAGCAUGAGCAAUGUUAUCGAGUUGACGUGGCAACGGCACCAGUCGGACCCCCAGGAGCCUCAGUACAGGAAAACCCUUCCCCUCUCCUGAUCCCUAGCUCCUCCCCUUUGACCUCCUGCUUCAAAGCUUCAUUGAACAAUACCGGUCUGCUGGAAUAUCUGAGCAUGUUGAGUUUUCUCAAGCUGUUCUCAACAACUGCAAUGUCCGUGUUGAUUGAUCCACACUCGUGCCUGAGUAGUUAGUUAAGCUCCAGUGCCGGAGGUGGGUCAAGUAUUUCAGACACGCGGAGUUAUAGCAGUAGUUAUGGUAAUACCAACAGUCACUGAUUGUGGACUUCACAACGAAUAGUAUGAAGAAUUAAAAGUUGGAUAACUUGUUCCAUGCUUUGUUGGACUAACAGAGCAACAUCGAAUAAUGGUAGAAAAUCUAGAAACAGUUAAAAAGUUAUAGAUUGAAGCAUAAGCUUUCCACGGGGUCUACUUCUGAUUUCAAUAGUAGUAGCAUUAUGGACCAUCCUGAAUUUUCCACUUAUGCAUCCAAAAUGUUCAAAGUGAACGUGCUUUUUACGCAAUUGCUGACAAAAAAAACUUUGUUAUGAACACUCAUAGCACGAUGAAUACAUCAGGUGUGGUUCAGGCGCAAAUUCUUCCCAACAACAUUAACACGGUGCCUAAGGUGUACCCAUCAUGGUUUGUUACGAGCACUUCACACUCCAAGACAAAACAGCCACGCAUUGAACAGACACUUGAUAAAGCGUUGAAAAAUGACAGAAGUUUUGUUGUGUGGUCCAGUAUGCCUUUUGACUCCAACCCAACAUUAGGUAGAACUCAAACUCAGCCCUUAGCAAUCACAGCGAGGCCAGCAUGGCAUCUCACCUUCUUGACCCUCAGCAAAUAUUAUUAGCCAACAAUACAAACAUCGUUAAAGUAAAUGUCCAUGGAAAUCGGCGGCAACCCGUUCUUUAACAAAUACUAUAACUCGCUCAAGAAAUUAAGUAUGAAGACGUAUUUCAGCAGCCUAGCACACCACAUCUUCUCCAAUGUUGGCUACAUCAACACUUCGAACAGCAGAGCCUUGAAGAGCACCAUCAUCGAUAUUGAUUUGGCGCGGCAACAGCACCAGUCCAGCCCGCAUGAGCCUCAGUCAAGGACGAACCUUCCCCUCCACCUGACCCUAGAAGCCUCAGUCCACGACGACCCUUCCACUCGACCUGACCCUAGCGCCUCCACCUUGACCUACAGCCUCAAAAGAUUACAUUAUUAUCCAAGAAGAAGAACAUUGUUAAAGUAAAUGUUGAAAACAGUCCAAACCCCCUUCUCGCACAAAUACUACAAGUCGCUCGAGACAUUCAGCACGCCACCUAUGAACAUCUCACACAAAAACUACAACUCGCUCAAGAAAUUCAGCACGCCACCUAUGAACAUCUCGCACAAAAACUACAAGUCGUUCAAGAAAUUCAGCACGCCACCUAUGAACAUCUCCCACAAAUACUACAAGUCGUUCAAGAAAUUCAGCAUGCCACGUAUGAACAUCUCACAAAUACUACAAGUCGCUCAAGAAAUUCAGCACGCCACCUAAGAACAUCUCCCACAAAUACUAUAAGUCGUUCAAGAAAUUCAGCACGCCACCUAUGAACAUCUCCAACAAAUACUACAAGUUGCUCAAGAAAUUCAGCACGCCACGCAUGAACAUCUCGCACAAAUACUACAAGUUGUUUAAAAAUUCAGCAGGCCACGUAUGAACAUCUCACACAAAUACUACAAGUCCCUCAAGAUUCAGCAUGCCACAUAUGAACAUCUCCCACAAAUACUACAAGUCACUCAAGAAAUUCAGCAUGCCAGCUAUGAACAUAUCGCACAAACACUAAAAGUCGCUCAAGAAAUUCAGCAUGCCACCUAUGAACAUCUUGCACAAAUACUACAAGUCGCUCAAGAAAUUUAGCAUGCCACCUACGAACAUCUCCCACAAAUACUAAAAGUCGCUCAAGAAAUUCAGCAUGCCAGCUAUGAACAUAUCGAACAAAUACUACAAGUCGCUCAAGAAGUUCAGCAGGCCACGUAUGAACAUCUCCCAAAAAUACUACAAGUCGCUCAAGAAAUUCAGCACGCCACCUAUGAACAUCUCGCACAAAUACUACAAGUCGCUCAAGAAGUUCAGCACGCCACCUAUGAACAUCUCCCACAAAUACUACAAGUCGCUCAAAAUUAGCACGCCACCUAUGAACAUCUCCCACAAAUACUAUAAGUCGCUCAAGAAAUUCAGCACGCCACCUAUGAACAUCUCCAACAAAUACUACAAGUCGCUCAAGAAAUUCAGCAUGCCAGGUAUGAACAUCUCCAACAAAUACAAUAAGUUCCUCAAGAAAUACAGCACGCCACCUAUGAACAUCUCCCACAAAUACUACAAGUCGUUCAAGAAAUUCAGCACGCCACCUAAGAACAUCUCACAAAUACUACAAGUCACUCAAGAAAUUCAGCACGCCACUUAUGAUCAUCUCCCACAAAUAAUACAAGUUGUUCAAGAAAUUCAGCACGCCACGUAUGAUCAUCCCCUUGAAAUACUACAAGUCUUCAACAAAUUCAGCACAUCACCUAUGAACAUCUCACAAAUACUACAAGUCGCUCAAGAAAAUCAGCACUCCAGGUAUUAACAUCUUGCACAAAUACUACAAGUCGCUCAAGAAAUUCAGCAGGCCACCUAUGAACAUCUCCCACAAAUACUACAAGUCGCUCAAGAAUCAGCAUGCCACCUAUAAACUUCUCCCACAAAUACUACAAGUCGCUCAAGAAAUUCAGCACGCCACCUAUGAACAUCUCCCAAUACUACAAGUCGCUCAAGAAAUUCAACAUGCCACCUAUGACCAUCUCGCACAAAUACUACAUGUCUGUCAAGAAAUUCUGCACGCCACCUAUGAACAUCUCGCACAAAUACUACAAGUCGCUCAAGAAAUUCAGCACGUCACCUAUGAAAAUCUCCCACAAAUACCACAAGUCGUUCAAGAAAUUCAGCACGCCAUGUAUGAACAUCUCCCACAAAUACUAGAAGUCGUUCAGGAAAUUCAGCACGCCACCUAUGAACAUCUCACAAAUACUACAAGUCACUCAAGAAAUUCAGCACUCCACUUAUGAACAUCUCCCACAAAUAAUACAAGUUGUUCAAGAAAUUCAGCACGCCACGUAUGAUCAUCCCCUUGAAAUACUACAAGUCUUCAACAAAUUCAGCACGUCACCUAUGAACAUCUCACGAAUACUACAAGUCGCUCAAGAAAAUCAGCACUCCAGGUAUUAACAUCUUGCACAAAUACUACAAGUCGCUCAAGCAACUCAGCGUGUCACCUAUGAACAUCUUGCAUGGUGGCUUGGUGAGUCUGACUUCUGUCUUGUCAAGUCGCUCAAGAUAAAAUAAUCGGGUCUAACAGACAGAGCAGGUGCUGAGUGACUCGUCUGUUAACUUGACUGACCUCGAUACGUUGCUCUCGAAUAAUGAGAACCUGACGCACGAGGAACAGUGCUGUCCAACAUUCCCAGUUUUUGGUUGGCGACUUCACUGUCGGGACUCACACAAUCUCUGCCUAUAGCCCUGCUGCAGCAGCAGCAGCAACAAGAACAGGUUUUCAGUAUACAGAUAUGCAACUGGAGUGAUGAUAUGCCCUGAAGAUAUUUAUUAAUUAUACCCCCUGUUAAUUGGGGUAUAAAGGAAUCCCCUUGGACGGACGUCUAUAUGUCUGUCUUUCCAUCUGUUUGUGGGCGUUCACUUAACAAUUCAACGUUCAGCUUUCAAACUUUCAGUUCUUACAGGACCCCAUACAAUCACAGUUUGGUACUCAGCAGAAUUACAGGCUCUCUGGUGAGCUGGAGCUGGACGCCCAAGGACAAUUCCUGAGUAUAGGUGUCGAGCUCUUGGGCCAGGAAUUCGGGGCAAAGCUCAACGAGUCCUACCCCCAGGGUACAGCCACUCUAACCUUGGGGCUCCACACUUCCCUGCUCAGGGGCAGAGAUUAUCUAAUCUACAAGGUAGGUUGUAAUGCAAAACGUUUCACAGUCAUUCAAAUAAUUUUUGGUAGACUACGGAUAUAUUGAUGUUUCCACUAUAUGAGGUAAGGAGGGUAUAACGAUUUACCCUUAUUCGUGAUUGUGUCCAUCCUUUCAUCCGUUCUUUGAUCCCAUACUCUUGUGUGGCCGCCCUAACUAAAAACGUAUUGUGCUAAAGGGAUUCAAUCUUUGCAUUUAUUUAACAAUGCAUGUGAACUUGUGAACGUUCAUAUUUUUCUUAGAUUUUUCUGACAUAGUUGGAGAGUUAACCCCUUUUUUUAAAUCGUGUAGCGGUUAACUUAAACUUUUCGCUACUAGAGGCCUGAAACUUUCAAUGAAUUUUGGAAACUUUGGAAUCCACAGUCCAUCCGUUGGGGCCGUGUUUGUGUUCGUCUGUCAACGUUUUCGUUAAAGGACAUAUCCUCCUGAACCACAGAACAUAAUUUAAUGAAACCUCCCAGGAAUGUUCCCUGGGUGUUCGAAUUAUUCAUCUUUUUAUGCCCCCUUUCGAAGAAAAGGGGGUAUAUAGUUUUAGCACUGUCCGUCUGUCAGUCUGUCUGUCACACUUUUCCUGUCCGCUCUCUAAUUUAAAUAGUUUUCAUCCGAUCUUUACCAAACUUGGUCAGAAGUUGUAUCUAGACAAUAUCUAGGCCAAGUUCGAAUAUGGGUCAUGCAGGCUCAAAAACUAUGUCACGGGGUCAAAAAAACAAAUUCAAGAUAGUAAUAAGCUUUAAAUGGACAUAAUUAUAUGACCUGCCAAUUUAUAUAUUUUUGUUAAAUAAAUCAAAGCGGCGCAAACACAUCGUGGUAAAAGGUCAAGUUCAUCCUUCAGGGUCUAAGGUCAAACAAACAAAUCCAAGGGAAGUAAUAAGUUUUAAAGGGAGAUAAUUAUUCAAUAUUGAACAUAGCAACUUGAUAUUUGGCAUACAUGUGUAUCUCAUGGAGCUGCACAUUUUGAGUGGUGAAUCUACAGUCAUGGUAGUGGCUUUUAAUUAUAUGCUACUAAAAUAGAGAUUUGUUAGAGACAAUUAUUUUAAUGGGAAGUAAUUUAUAUAAUUAUACAUGUCAGAUUAUAUAUUUCCUUACCAACAAUUUAAGUUCUUUUCACAGCCAUUAACAGAUGAGCCAGAGCCAUAAAACUUGCCAUGCUGUUCUCAAUCAUCUGGGGUUGCUUCACAUUCAACACCCAUAAUCUUAGGUGUUAAGGUCAA